AUGUACAAUCACACUUCUUCCGUCUACAAUAAUUCAUGUGUUAAAGUUCCACGAAAUCCAAUAAUUGGGUUGCCUCUGCCAAGUUACGAACAAAAUUACAAAUAUCUUAUUGAAAAUCAAGAUAGAGCACUGAAUAUUAAUUUGAUGGAAACGAAGAAAUACUUAGACAAGGAAACAACCAAAUCUUUCGUGGAAUUUUUUACAAACAUUCCCGAUUACGACGAAAUUCAUCAUCUUUCAAAUAAAGAGUUUUACGAGAAACUUGAAAAUUUAAGAGAAAAGAAAAAGUUGUUCGAAGAAAACUUACACAAAGAAAUUAAAUUCGACCCAAAAAAUUCUGAAGCUAUAGAAGAAUAUAAGAAGCAGAAACUUGGUGCAAACAAAAGUAAAGAAAAGAAGAAACCUACCAUCAAACCAUCAAACAGAGCUACCAGAGUUAAGGAAACAUUAAAUCCUAUAUUGACACCCGAUAUCGAUUCAGAAUUUUCCGACAGAGAAGAACGUAAAGAAAAGAAGAAAUCAUCACUAAAACCAUACUUUAAUCAUCUAAGUAAGAAUUUACAUCCAGCAAUAACUCCUGAUUUAGAUUCAGAGUAUUCAGACAAGGAUAUUUUAAACAAACCUCCUUCCAGAAGAUCAGUAAGAAUAGAAACUCCCAGUGACAGAUUUUCUAAUGACGAAACUCCAGAACCAUUUUUCAGAUCAAAGUCAAGAGCAAACAUUUCCUCUAAUAACUUUAAAAGAAGUGCAAGCCUUACAGGAUGGGAUGACUGGAGAUCAAAAUCUAGAACACAAUUUUCAUCGCUUGAUUUGAAAACCAGAAAUAACGGAUAUUCAGAUUAUAAUUUUAAACCUAAUAGCUCCUAUUCUUCCCAAAAUUUUAGAAGUGGAAAUCUAACUGAUUAUGAAGACUUAAAAUCAAGAUCCGGUGGAAAUUACUUAAAAAGUACUGGAAAUCUUUCUCAUUAUGAAGAUUACAAACCAUUCAGUGAUUUUAAAAAUACAAAGGUAAAUUGUGAAGAUUUAAAUUUAAAAUCAAAAACAAAUUAUGAAGCUACUAACAACAAAUCUAAGAGUUCAGAGCUCAAAAGUAUCGAUAACAGUGAUGCCGAUGGUUUAAGGCCAAAGUCAAGAGCAAAUGAUCUUAAAACUUCAGGUAAUCUUACUGAUUGGGAGGAUUUAAGCAUUGAAAACUUAAAUUUAAAUUCAGUGAGCAACAGUCCGGAACCUUUGCAAACGAGAAGUGCACCAACUUCUCCAGUGAAAUCAAAUCCUAAAAAUGAUUGGACUGGGGAAAUUACAAUCCCAAAACCAUUUCAGAUGACUGUCAGAGAUGAGGAAAAUAAAAUAGUUGAAGAGUUAUUUUUUAAAAUGAAAAAACCCAAGGACGAUAAACCAGAAAUGUUUAAAGCAAAUGAUGUACCCGUAGAAUCACAGAUCCCUUUGUUUGAUAAAAUAAUGGCUGAUCAACAGCGAAGGAGUUUUGUCUCUAAACAGAAAAGGAAAGCUGCUUUAAGAGCUUCAAUGAGACCAUUCUCAUUUACAAAAAGAGAUGAAGAAAUCCAGGAGCUUACCAGAGAAUUGUCGAAGUCUUCCCCUAACUUAUACAUCGAUCCUCCCUUAAAAAUUAAAAAAUUUAAGGCAAAGCCUAUUCCAAAGAAUUUAUUUAGUAAUUAUAUAUAUCGAAAAAUGCAUGAAGAUGAAUAUUACAGGGCACUUCAGAAAAAAAUUCGAGCAGAAGAACUGUUAAAAGCUGCUUCUUUGCCACCAUCAAUGGCCAAGCGAGAAAGAUCAAAACCAAAACUGAACGUUUGUCCACGAUCAUUCAGUAAUCUUUCUACAGAAGAAAAAGUUAUCAAAAAAUCUAAAUUUGUUCCAAAUUAUAGAGCUUAUCAAGAUAAAUUUGAAAAAGAACUUGAAGAUAUGAAAAAUGAAUUCAUUUCUACAAGUCCUAGACCUUUUAAAUUAAAAACUUCAAAAAGAGCUCGAAGACACUUAAGACAGUCUUCUGCCAGUAGCAAGACUUCGUCUUCCAAAACUGCAACCCCAUGCUCCUUUGAUAUGUCUUCAAUAAAUACUUCAAACUUGGCUGCUAUUCUUAGAAUCCAAUCUGCGAGGCAAAAAAUUGAAAUGGAAAUGAUACGAGCGUUGGACGAAGCUCAAAGAAGAGACGAAGCAAGAUGGAGGGAAAAAUUAUUUCGAAAAAAGCCUAUUUGGCAUAAUUUAGCGUAUAACCAUGAGGAUGACUUAGCAAUACGAUUGCAAUUACGAAGAGAUGAAGAAAAAUUGAGAAAAGAAGAACACAAAAUGAGAAUGUCGCUAAUGUAUGGAAGAGUACAGAAGCAACCUACUCUUUUCGAAAGACAAUCACAGAUGAAAUAUCCUGUAACACGGGAAGAAUUAGAGGAUCAACUCCGUGAGAUGUAUGGAAAGAAAAAUGAGUCCAUCAGAAGUAUCAGUAAUCUAUCCGGAAAAAAGUCAGUGGUAGGAAUAAACUUCAGUAAAUCAAAUCCGGCAGAUUGCAGUUUUAAUAUUGACUUGGACGACAUUGAAAGUAAAGAAAAAGAAAGUUUGGAGGAAAAGGAAAAAUGCGAUUGCCUCAGUGAUGAUAUUGAUAAUGAUCCUGAUUCCAAAUUGGUUUAA